AUGCUUCAAUUAGAUGUUGAUAUUGACAAUGGAGGUGGACUUUGUGUUAAUCCAGCAUUCCGUAUAGAUUUUGACAAAUCCGAAAAUCUUCCUAAUGGACCUUACUUGGCACACGAAAUGCGUUAUCCUGGUGGAGAUUGUACUUCUGACAUUUGGCUUUGA